AUGGAAGACCAGCUGCCGAGUGUGAAGAGAGUAAAGCAUAACCCAGAUGAUAAAGAUUUCAGUGAGCUGAAGAGUUUUUUCUUUCGACUGAAUACAAUUUACACAUUUUUGUCCUGUAGAAAGCACAUUGUGCCUACUUUUGAUACUCUGAAGAAGCCUAUUGAGGCCUCGUUGAAGAGGCCUGUUUCAGAACUUGAUUUUGCCAAGAUAGUUGCCUUAUUACCAAGGGAUUGCACCUUCAAAUAUAUCGACGAGAACCAGAUUAUCACCGAAACUAAGGUAUUUGAUUUCAACAAUGGAGGCUUUCAACAGAAGGAGAACGAUAUUUAUGAGCUGAAAGAUGUGGAGAACGAAUUUGCUGAUGCACCAUCCACGCAGAUACUACUUUUCGAGUUUGUAGAUGGAGUGAUGUCUUACUCUUGGACAUCUGGAAACAAGAAUACGCGAGUUAGAUUGCCUGAUUAUACUACCGAAGAGAUGAAGAAAAUGAUAUCAAAAAGAAAGGCAGCAUUUGAAAAUACUGUAGAUUCUUUUAUCGAAAACUGCAAAUUACAAGGGUUGGAACCCAUGAAAGAGCUGACUUCGAUGGCUACUGCACUAUUGCCGAAAAAGAAGGACUACGAAGAUCCCAUCGAAGCAAUGAUGAAUUCUAAAGACAAGAAAAAUGACAGUGAAAAGGUGAUCAUAGAUGAGGAAACUGGACUCGAGAGGCCAACGAUUGAAGGAAUGUUGAAGGACCUACAAAGUAGUGAAAUGUACAAUCAUCAAAUAAAAGAGCAUUUUAUCAUUCCUGAAAAAACCGCAAGAUAUGCAAAUUUGGACUUUGAACUGGCACCUGAGGUGUACCAGGCUUUGGAGCACGAACGGUUUUAUGUCCAUCAGGCAAAUGCAAUUAACGCAAUACAUAAUGGCGAGAAUACAAUCAUAGCAACGUCCACGUCUUCAGGUAAAUCUUUGAUAUACCAAUUGUCUGCCAUUGAUCACCUCUUGAAAGAUCCUGAGUCUACCUUUAUGUACAUCUUCCCGACUAAAGCCCUUGCGCAGGACCAAAAGAGAUCUUUCGUUGCAUUAGCUUCCAGAAUUCCAGAACUUUCGAAUGUAAUUGUGGAUACUUAUGAUGGGGAUACUGAGCCGGAAAAGAGAGUGUUCAUACGUAAGCAUGCUCGAAUUAUCUUCACAAAUCCGGAUAUGAUUCAUGCCAGCCUGAUGCCCAAUCAUCCAAAUUGGCGACAUUUCCUUUAUAAUUUAAAGUUAGUUGUUGUGGAUGAAUUGCAUACCUACAAAGGUUUGUUUGGAUCUCAUGUAGCUCUAGUCAUGAGGAGAUUGAUGCGGCUCUGCAGGUACUUUUAUGAAAAUGAAAAGGUUCAAUUUGUCUCUUGUUCUGCAACGUUGAAACAGCCGGCGGAGCAUUCUAAGCACAUCUUUGGGAUUGAUUCAGUGAGUCUCAUAAAUGAGGAUGGUGCGCCCCAAGGGAUGAAGCAUCUAGUCAUAUGGAACCCACCAACUUUAUCCCAGCACGAAAGGAAAAGAGAGAAUUUCAUUCAAGAAAGUGCUAAGAUACUGAUACAGUUGAUUAUGAAAAACGUUCGAACCAUUGCAUUUUGCUAUGUUCGUCGUGUAUGUGAGCUGCUCAUGAAAGAAGUACGACGGCUUCUCGAAGAGUUGGGUCGAGAAGAUCUUUUAACCGAAAUCAUGUCAUAUAGAGGUGGUUAUGCUGCCUCUGAUAGACGUAAGAUUGAACGUGAACUUUUCCAUGGAAAUUUGAGAGCUGUCAUAUCAACUAAUGCGCUGGAGCUUGGUGUUGAUAUUGGGGGACUGGACUGCGUGUUAAUGUGCGGAUUUCCUUUAUCCAUGGCAAACUUUCAUCAGCAAAGUGGUAGAGCAGGCCGUAGAAAUAAAGAUUCAUUGACGCUAGUGGUCGCAAGCGAUGCUCCUUUGGACCAGCAUUACGUGGCGCACCCUCAAAUUUUAUUAGAUAGCACUGACCCCGAGUCAUAUCAAGAGCUGGUUCUUGAUUUUGACAACAUGUUGAUCUUGGAGGGUCACAUCCAAUGCGCAGCUUUUGAGUUACCCAUUAACAUCGACAGAGACAAAGAAUAUUUUAAAGAAGUGCAUUUGAAAAAGAUCUGCCACGAGAGGCUCAACUACAACUCCGAUGGUUACCACACUCACAAUAGAUUUUUACCUUGGCCUGCCAAAAUGGUUUCAUUGCGUGGCGGUGAAGAAGAUCAGUUUGCCGUGGUCGACAUUACUAAUGGAAGAAAUAGGAUCAUUGAGGAGGUAGAGACAUCAAGAACGAGUUUUACUCUCUAUGAUGGUGGCAUUUUUAUUCAUCAAGGUUGCCCAUAUCUAGUGAAAGAGUUCAAUCCCGACGAGCGAUAUGCCACUGUUCAAAGGGUCAAUGUGGAUUGGGUGACAAGUCAAAGAGAUUUUACUGAUGUCGAUCCGGAUGAAAUUGAGUUGGUGAGAUCACUCAAAGCGAGUGAUACACCCGUUUACUUUGGAAAAAUCAGAAUAACAAUCAUCGUUUUUGGCUUCUUCAAGAUGGACAAGUAUAAGAGAAUUAUUGAUGCUGUAGAGACUCACAACCCUCCGGUGCUUAUUGAUGCAAAGGGUUUGUGGAUUGAUAUCCCAAAGAGAGCUUUAGAGAUUUGUGAAUCUAAGAGCUUGAGCUUGGCUGGUGGGGUACACUCGGCUCAGCAUGGUAUUAUGGGACAACUACCGAGGUUUGUUGUUGCUGGUGUUGAUGAGAUCCAGACUGAGUGUAAAGCACCAGAGAAAGAAUUCGCUGAGAGACAAACGAAAAGAAAGCGUCCAGCUAGGCUGAUAUUUUAUGACUCUCAUGGUGGUAAAUAUGGUUCUGGUUUGUCAGUUAAGGCUUUUGAACAUAUUGAUGACUUGAUGGAUGGUACUAUUCAACGCCUGGAAGAUUGUCCAUGUAAGGACGGUUGUCCUGAAUGUGUAUUGGCAGGUCAUUGUAAGGAAAACAAUUUUGUCUUCUCUAAGAGAGCCGCGCUUAUCCUGCUGCACUGCAUUAUGGGUCAUGACGAGUCUACUUUCGUAGAAAGAAUACCAGACGGUCCUGAGAGUGGCAUGCCUCAAAUUAAGGUGGAAACGGUGGUACCGGUAGCAGAGCAUGUCAAUUUUGCUUCAGAUUUUCAGAUAGUUGAUAUCAAAGAUUCGACAGAUGAUGUCACUGAUGGUGAUAGUAUAGUUAAAUUGGAGAAGGAUCAAGAAUGA